ACAUAACCGCACGCUGUGUGUGUCUUCUCGUACAGGACAGGAGACUCACCAGAGGAGUGUUAAUUCACCGCGACAACGACGUCCAAGCGCUGACGCCGCCACUCCACUCCAGUCCGGGCCGUGGCGAAAAAUGGGUAAGAAGUCAAAAAAGAGAAAGCGCAAGAAGUCGUCAUCAUCCUCAAGUGAAGAGGAUAAGAAGGCAUCCAAGAAACACGAUACUACCAAAAAUUACAGAAGUGCCAACAGGAAGCACGAUGUAAACAGUCAAGAAAGCUGUGCAGCAAAACGGGAAAGUUGUGCUUUUCCUACCAUUGAAGAUGCCUCCCAGAGUGCUCGUCAGAUCAAAAGGCCUGUUUACAGACUGGAAAAGACACAAGCAACAGACCGGAAACCUGCUAAUAAGGAAGAGGAACGCACAAGAGCAAAAACCUCUGUGCUAUUCCACGAGGGAAAUUGCUCUAGUAAAGCAAAAAAUUAUAUUUCAGGGAAAUAUCAUCCUGUCAGUGGGAGUACGACCGUGGAAAGGGGAUCCUCAACGUACUUGAGCACCAAUACUACAGUUGCAGCUCCUCAGAGAACAGUGAAGACGUUAAAAGGCAGCUUAAAUGAAAAGUCUUCCCAAAGGAGUUCAUCCAAAUUAAUGAGCCCCAGUCUGGUUUCUGCUGAACAGAGAGAACAACCGCACAAUGUACUGAAGAGGAAGUACAAAGCUGAAGAGCCCCCAAGGACUCGAAAAGACAGCAACACAAUCAAGACUAAGGAACCAAGCAAGUCCUCCUCCAUCUCAAAGGAUUAUUUGUGGCAGAAGAGAGGGGAACUGGUCAAGGACGGGUGCCAGCUGCAUCAGAAAAAUAAGUUUGAGGCCACCAGGAGCCUGUGCACAGAAGCAAAAGCUCCCUGCGCAUCUGCCACGAAGGAAUCUUCCACUGCCAAGCAAACUACCUCAGCUAGUAGCUCAAAAGCAGUCAAGACUGUCACUUCAGUCCCAGGGAAUGUCAAUUCAGUGUCACAUAAGACAGCCAAGUCAUCAUCUGCUCAGCAGCAAAUGUGUUCAAUUGCAUCACCUCUGCCUCUUACUUUUAAGAUACCAAAAACUGUUCCGUCAAAGCCAGUGGAUGGAACCAAUGAGAAUAAUGUUGCAAAUAGAAAACUUGGGACUCAACUUUCAAACUCUGGAGCGUCACUGAGCAGCUCCAAACAGGAAGUUGGCCAACAAACUCAUAGCUGUUUCGAUGGUACUCCUGCUUUUUCAUCUGAAGGACAAACUAAGAUGUCGUCUUUGUCAGGCCACCCCCCACCUAUGUUAGAUGCUAUCGCUGAGCCGUGGGACGACGAGAUGAAAGUGGUUGAAAAGCUACAUCUUGCCCGCUCUGAGAGGACACUGGAGGUGAAUGUAAUGCAGAGCUAUGGGGAGCUCACCUGUAUGGACAUAGACCCUCCAGAAGAGGGAGCUGCAGGCUCACACUGUAAACAACCCCCUCACCAAGACCUAAUCCUGGUUUUGGACACCAACAUUCUCCUAAGUCAUCUGGAUUACGUGAAAAGGGUCAGAUCUCAUGGCCUUGGAGCCAUGGGCUCCCCUGUAGUCCUCAUCCCCUGGGUGGUGCUUCAGGAGAUGGACUCCCUAAAAAGGGGAAAAGGUCUGUCAGGUUCUGUAGCCCACCUUGCCAUUCCUGCCAUCUCGUACAUUUACAACUCUUUGAAGAACCGGGAACCUGACCUCUGGGGGCAGUCCAUGCAGCAGGCCGCUGAGAGCAGCAAUGCUCUGAAUGCUGAGAAUAAUGAUGACAGAGUGCUGCAGUGCUGUCUGCAAUACCAGAGUCUGUAUCCAGAGUGUGCUCUCAUCCUGUGCACUAAUGAUAAGAACCUCUGCAGUAAGGCUCUGCUGAGUGGGGUGAAGGCCUUCAGCAAGAAUGAUUUAGAGGCAGAGGUUGGGAGAUCCAGACAUGGCUUUUGUCCUCUGCAAAACAUUAAGCCUCAUAUGGGCCCUCAGGUCACAUCAUCAAUGCUGAGCACGAACUAUACAUCAGUCCAGCCGCAUAGUCAGCCGAGAACAGGCCCUUCUGUAGGACUCACAGAGGAAGAUAACAAGCCGCUGACAGCAAGAGAAGUUGAAGAAAGGACAAAAUGUGACCCGAGCAGGCACGUUUCUGAACUAGAAGACUGCCUGCGAGAGGUGUUGUCUGAUGUGUUAGAGGUGGAGAUGAAGGCAGCUUAUGAAAACCUCUGGCUAGAGAUAGUUUAUCUAAAACCACCCUGGACUCUUCAUGAUGUCCUGCAGUGUUUGAAAAAGCACUGGAUUGCUGUCUUUGGGCAGAUUGUUCCACGGAGGAAACAGCAAACUGUUCUAAAUCUCAUUGACUUUUUCAACUCAGGUAAAACUGUGGACCUUAGCGCUACCUUCACAGCCCUACAAGAAGCGAAGGAGCUGGUGAAAGCGUUUGAGAAAAGUUCAAGGCGUGUUCCUGGUGCCUUGUCUGUAAUGGACACCAUUUUCAAUAAGCUACAGCCACAGGGUGAAUUUCCUGCCUGUGAUGUUGUCAUGAAUGAUGACGACGAUGGAGACAAACAGUCCACAUCUACUCAGGUCUCUCACCAGGAAGUGUGGACCCUGUUUGAGAACAUCUGGUCUAAAGUGUGUCAGAUAAGCUUGGAAGUGUUCAAAGCUCUGGGCUUUGACCCUCACACUAUGCGGCGCACUCAGCCAGCGGGAGGUCCGCCGCCACCACAUGACGCAUUGGUCUAUUUGCACAAACUGUCCUCCAUGGUGUCACAGCUGCUCCAGUCCUUCAGCAGUGUCUUGUCCUCAGCGCCUGGUUUAGUGGAAGUCCACACACUGCUCAGCGUCAUCCACUCUCUUGAGAUUGUUCAGGUGGACUCCAGACUGACAGCCAAAGACCUUCUCGAUUGUUUCUCACAACAAGACUACAGGGAGAAGCUGAGACUUGGAGGGAACCAGCUAAUGGAGCUCAAAGGGGCCCUGGAUCGUUGUCAACACAUUACCUUCACUGCGUAGCCUGCACAUCAGCCGAACAAACACCCCGAAUACGCUGAAUACUUGAAGCGAAAGCUGCAAGUUUUUUGUAGAAGGCAUGUCGGCUCAUGUGUCUCUCCUACUGGAACUUAAUUUGUGACACCUUGUUGUUCUGUUAGCCUGAAUGAAUGGGCGUCUCUGUCUGUCCUCCAACAUUAUAAAGUUUACAGAGUUUUGCUUGUAUUGUCUGUAUUUGGCUGUUUUUAGCACUUAGUAUUUAACUGCAUCAGGUGCAUGCAGUUUGUCGUCUGUCAUGUUUCUUUAGUGAUAUUUUUGGACUUUAUGAAUGUGUAAUGUGCAGCAGUGUCUGACGGGCCCACUGUGACAAACAGCUUUUAUUUGAGAAAUUAUAGUGAGUUGUAUUUUAA